AUGUACCAGGCCAUCCCCUACAGCAGCGCCCGGCCGUGGCUGAUGCCGCCGGCGGCUGAGGCGGCGGCCGUCGUCGCCGUGAAGCCGGAGCCGGCGGUGCUGACCACCGCGGAGCCUGUUGCGGCGGCGGCGGAGGAGGAGAGCGCCCGGCCCGACGCCGCGGCCGGGGCCGGGGACGACGACGGCGGCAAGGCGGAAGUCGGAAGGGCCGUGGCGGAGAGCCCGGUGCUGGUGGUGGGGCGGCGCGGGUGCUGCCUGAGCCACGUGGUGAAGCGGCUGCUGCAGGGGCUCGGCGUGAACCCGGCCGUGCACGAGGUCGCCGACGAGUCCGCGCUCGCCGGGGUCGUCCCGGCCGGCGCCGGCGCCGAGGCCGCCGCGCUGCCGGCGGUGUUCGUCGGGGGAAAGCUCCUGGGCGGUCUCGACCGGCUCAUGGCCGUCCACAUCUCCGGCGAGCUCGUGCCCAUCCUCAAGAAGGCCGGUGCCCUCUGGCUCUAA